UUACGUAAGGAGCGAGUCCCGCGCGUCCGGCCGGGGCUCGGAGGCUGGGCGGGCGGAGGCGGCGCCGCCCUGCGGGAUCCGGGCUGGAAGCCUCUCGGAGCGCUGCCUCCAGCUGAGGGGCGGCCGGCGAGUCCCAGCGCGAGCUGAGGGUGCCAGAGAUAGGGGCCAAGAAACAAAGUUUCCGGGGCUCCCUCCGGGGCCGCUGUCUGGGCUGCCCGUUUGGCCGCCCCCCUCCUCGCGAAGGCAAUGGCUUCCAAACUCCUGCGCGCGGUCAUCCUCGGGCCGCCCGGCUCGGGCAAGGGCACCGUGUGCCAGAGGAUCGCCCAGAACUUUGGCCUCCAGCAUCUCUCCAGCGGCCACUUCUUGCGCGAGAACAUCAAGGCCAACACCGAAGUUGGUGACAUGGCAAAGCAGUACAUAGAGAAAGGUCUUUUGGUUCCAGAUCAUGUGAUCACACGCCUCAUGAUGUCGGAGUUGGAGAAUAGGCGCAGCCAGCCCUGGCUACUAGACGGUUUUCCUAGGACAUUAGGGCAAGCUGAAGCCCUGGACAAAAUCUGUGACCUGGACCUAGUGAUCAUUUUGAACAUUCCAUUUGAAACACUUAAAGAUCGUCUCAGCCGACGUUGGAUUCACCCUCCUAGCGGAAGGGUGUAUAACCCGGACUUCAAUCCACCUCAUGUACAUGGGAUUGAUGACAUCACUGGAGAACCAUUAGUCCAGCAGGAGGACGAUAAACCCGAAGCAGUUGCUGCCAGGCUAAGACAGUACAAGGAUGUGGCAAAGCCAGUCAUUGAAUUAUACAAGAGCCGAGGAGUGCUCCACCAAUUUUCUGGGACGGAGACUAACAAAAUCUGGCCCUAUGUUUACACGCUUUUCUCGAACAAGAUCACACCUAUUCAGUCCAAAGAAGCAUACUGACACUGCCCAAUGGAAGAAUCAGGAAGAUGUGGUCAUUCAUUCAAUCGUGUGUGUAGUAUUGGUGCUGUGUCCAAAUUAGAAGCUAGCUGAGAUAGCCUGCAGCAUCUUUUCUAGUUUAAACGGUGAACUGAUAGGAAAACUAACGAGUAGAAAGAAUUCUGAAGAGGCCCUCCUCUGUCUUUCAAAAGAAUGGUCACCUACCUAUGUUUAAGGUGUCUCUGCACAUGUUUUAAGCCUCUCACAGGGAAGCAAGUAUAGGCUGGAUUUGAAAUGAUACAUAACCAGAGCUCUAGCUGAUUUCUGAUAGCCAUGUUGUUGCUACAGUAGUCUUUCUGCACGCUAUGGUGGUGGUCUCUGGUUCUCCCCAGCCCCCCAAAGACUGUUGAACUAUAGUAAGUCUGAGAAUGGCAAGGGCGCUAGUCCAGGCUUUCUCUGGUGUGUGCCCUCCUGGUGACAAUGAAAUUGAAGUUAAUUGCUCUCAGUGGUUGUUUCUCUGGUCUUGAGUGACUAUGUCCACAAUUCAUUUUUUUCUGGUAGGACUGACUCCUUUUCUGCAUCCAUGCUCCAUAUAGAAUCUCCUUUUCAGACAUCCUUGGAUGAGAGGAUUUAGCUUCUAUUUUUUAAAGACUACAUAUUUUUUGCAUUUGUUGUCUCUCUUCCUAGGCUAUUAAGUAUAGGCUAUUAAAUAAUACAGAUAGUUAUUGCUGUUAUCCCUCUCAAAUUCUUCUAAGAAUGGAGAGUGAAGGAACUGUAUUGAAUCUCUUCACUUACCAGGAAUUGAGCUAUGCAGAGGGUCUUACUUAAACUUGCUUGUCUGACUCUCAUAAAUUGACCCCGCUUCUUUCUUUUAUUAUGAAAAAAUUAAACCCCUAAAAGUCUUUUGGGGACCCCCUAAAGUCUUUUGGGAAUCCUCAAAAAGAAAAACCGUGGAAAAUAUUUACCUACAUAAAUGUUGAAAGACUAUAUCUUAUAUAUAGAAGUAAUAAGACCAUAUGGAAUUACUGGACUAAUAGAAUAAAUAGUUAAGCUUUUUAUUCAAGACAACAAAAUGUAUUUUAAAAAUGCUGCUAACUAUCGAUGCUGACAGUGUUUUUCUCCUGCGAGUGGCCCAAGCAUAUUAUAAAUAGUUGUUACAGAGAACAGAGCCUGUGCAGUUGAGCAAAAUGUUGCACUAGCUUGUGCCUAGACUAGGUAUGACAGCUUUAGGAUUAUGGGGAAAUAAAAUCUUUAAUUUUUUUUUUCUGUUCCAAAGAUGCAUUCUGUGGGGUGGCCAUAAAGUCUAGAAUUAGAUACUAAUAUUUUGUCAUUCAUCGUAAUGGAAUAUCAAUAAGCCAUUUGUUAAAA